AUGAGUCUAUUCCGGGCACACCUCGUCUUUUAUCGGUGUGCUCUCAAUCUAAAUUCAUCUUAUAACUUUGGUUUCUUAGUUGCAAUUACCUUUGUACUCCAAAUAAUUACAGGUAUCACUUUAGCGUUCCGAUAUACUUCUGAAGCAUCUUGUGCAUUUGCUAGUGUUCAACAUCUAGUUAGAGAGGUAGCAGCAGGAUGGGAAUUUAGGAUGUUGCAUGCAACAACUGCUUCUUUCGUCUUCUUGUGUAUCUUAAUACACAUGUCUCGAGGUAUGUAUAACUCCAGCUAUAGUUAUUUAACUACUGCUUGGAUGUCUGGUUUAGUUUUAUAUCUACUUACUAUAGCCACUGCUUUCCUCGGUUAUGUACUACCAUGGGACAGAUGA